AUGGCAGACAUGAUCGUUACAGGGGAAGAGGUAUAAAUAUUUAAAUAGUUUUAAAAUUUAUUAAUUUAAUCAACUUGGUUGGCUUCGCUAUAGUAUAAGAGUCUUAUAAGUAAAAUUUUUGUCACUAUUUGAACGAUGUUAUUUAAUAUUACGAUAAGCGCAAAUACCACUUGAAGUGGCUUUCAUAAUAAGGUGGCUCAAUACAGUUUAAAAAAUGGAAAAUUCACUUUUCAGAUCCGCAUUUUUGGGCAAUUAUUUCAGGGAGAGUGAAAGGUCGUGUGUUUUAUCAGGCUAGCCCACUAGUGCAAUUAUUAGAGACCUUACGAUUUUAGGACGGCAACGCGACGACGACGGCCAAAACAAACUCCUUCAAAUAAAUAGUAGUGAAGAUAGUUCGUCGUAUAUUAUCAAUCGUAUGAAUUUAAUACAGUUUUAGAAGUUGAAGACAUGGGUUAAAUGUUUGGGAAGAGUUAUACUGAAGCCAGUUUGAAGUUGCACUAGUCUUGUUGUGGCUUGGAAUGCAGCCGUUGUAUCAAGACGUGAAAAUCUGUGAUUUAGCGUCGUAAACAGAGCGAGGACAAUGUCUAAAUUAUUCAUAUAUUGUAAUUACUCAAUUCUUAUCAAUGAUCUAUUGUAUUGGUAGCCGUUGCCGUCGCGUUGCCGUCCUAAAAUCGUAAGGUCUUUAUUACUUGUUGACUGAAAAACAAAAAGUAUCUUACUGUUGUAAAACAACAUCUAAAGAGUUUGUAAUUUUCCACAAAAGUUACACAACUGCCGUUGCAAUGGCAAAAUUGUCAAAGUGAUUGAGUAUACUAAAUGAGAAAUCAUUUUAUGAAAUAAAAUUCGGGGUUUACGAUGUCGUUUACGAGUUGAAUUACUUUAACGCCAAAAUAUCCGCCAUAUUGAAGGUUAUUGUUGCCUAAUCAAUGGUCAUACAUCAGUAAACAUGAAAUUUCAUUCUACUUUCCUUCAUAAUUCAAAAUUUCCUUUAUAUUCCUCCUAUUGUGGACGUCAAUAUCGUAUUGUUUAGCCAAUUUAUUUAAUAUAAUCUUGAUUUGCAUGCAUAUAAUCAAUUUGCAACAAUAUGCUUGCAUAAUAUUAUAUAAAAUUAUUAUUACUAAUAUAGUCAGGAUGUUGUACAGUUUUCUUUACUGUAUCGUUUCAGUCUCUAUCAACAGGUGUUGUUUUUCAGGGGCAUAUAAAAAUAUUUACAAAUAUACAAAUAUACUUAAAGUAUAGGUGUGUCCCUGCAUACAUGAGUAUUUCAUGAGUAUUUCAGUUGUGCCUAAAUUACUAAAGUACUCGAGUAAAAGUAGAAGUUCUUCGCCACAAAAUGAAAAUAACGAAGUAAAACGUUACUUCUUAAAACGACUUCGUUCCAAGUAAACGUACUCGGUACUCCAGAAAAAGUUUACUCUGUUACAUGCUAACUUCUCAAAAAUAGUACUCGAGUACAGUAACGAAGUACAUUUACUUCGUUACUUGACACCACUGAUAUUAAUUAUACUACUUUACAUAUUCAUUUUAAAGGAAUAAAUAGAUUGCGCUUCUUUCGCUUCCCGAGAAGGCUGUUCCAAAGUUUUGCCCCACUGUAUUCAAAGCGGCUUUUUUCAGGAACUCCCUUCUCGGUUUUGGAAGAUCUAUCUCAGUAUUACUGUUUCUAAGAUUAUAAUUAACCUGCAUUGAACUACUCCUUAUAAUCAGUGACUCUUUCAAAUUAGGGACAGUGUAAUAAUUUAAAAUUCUUUACAGAAGAAUUGACUUGAUCUUCUGUGAUGUGGUCGUGUGUACCCAACCAAGAGAUUCAAUAACAUCAGCAGACUUAAUUUCGUAAAUUUUCUCGCAGACUUUAGAGAAAAAUAGUUGCUUAAUUAUGUUCACAUCUACGCCCUCGAUAGUCGGCAACAGAUUUUUACUUUUCCUCCAGGAGAUCACCGUCUCGCUUGUCUCGAACGCUUUUUUAUCACCACCAGGCUAUUUCCAUGUUCCGGGUAGAUUUAAGUCGAUGCUAAAGAACUGUUUAAGUACUCAUAGUCUCCCAACCAAGCAAACUGUAAUCGAUUCCGAGACGAAGCCAUUAAGAUCUCUUCGAAAUGAACUGUGAUCUUAAGUCCUUUAGUUAAGUCCUUUAGUUGACACAGUACGUACAGUACAAGUUCGUCAAAAAUAGUUGAAGUAAUAAAAUACUUAGUAAUGUGGUCCUUGAUUGAUUCAGCGGAGCUCUAAGGAACACGUCCGUUCAGGAUGAGCUCACACGUGUGAGUUUUGAUCGUGAUAUUGUAUUGACGUUGUGUUGGCCGCAGAAACGUAUAUCUGACGUACCCUUCCAUGACGAAUUAUCAUAUUUAAAACAGGUAGUCGUGGUUACGACGGUCGUCGUCGUUAUGGUAGUCGUCGUGGUUACGGUGGUCGUCGUGGUCAUGGCAGAUGGUCAACAGCACCGACACUAACACCAGCACCGACAACAGCACCGACACCCGCAGAACCUACAUCAUGUUUUGACAAUGUGCACUACGUCCUAUGUUCUCCUCAAACGGAUUACCAUCCUUCUGUGUGUGACUGUGAAGACAAAGAAGAAUGUUACAUACAGAUGACAAUCACCAGAAAUGCUGGCGUCAUCUCUAGAGGGGAUACCGGCAGUAAGUACAGCGUCAAUGGCGGGAGAAUUGGACCUACUAUUAUCAUAAACCAAGAACAAAUAUUAGUAGUUGAUGUUAUCAAUAAUCUGGACAAUGAGAAUACUUCAAUACAUUGGCAUGGCAUGCACCAGCACAAUGUGCCAUGGAUGGAUGGUGUUGGAAUGAUCACGCAGUGGCCUAUACCUCCUAAUGGCGGAAAAUUCAGGUAUGCUUCAUCUUCAUUGAUAUUGUAUAUAUUGUUUUUCCCGGCUUGAAACAUUCAUUCAUGAAACUUAACAUGUUUUUAUAUUUGGGCGUCUAAAAACUAAUCAACCAAUUGGCUUGUAUUCAUUUUAAGGCAUGGCUUCCCAAGCUCAGGGCGUUUCUUAAUAGUAUAAAACACAACACAUGCAGCACACUUUGUAACUUAUCACAGUAUUGGCUCCUUUACAUGCUCCAGUAGUGAAACAGGAUUUUAAUUAAGAUGAACUGGGCCCUUUUUACCAUUCACUAAAAGGCUCAACCGGGUCGAGAAAGCUGCAUUUUGCCUACUUUGCUAUAUAUAUAUAUAUAUAUAUAUAUAUAUAUAUAUAUAUAUAUAUAUAUAUAUAUAUAUAUAUAUAUAUAUAUAUAUAUAUAUAUAUAUACAUAUAUAUAUAUAUAUAUAUAUAUAUAUAUAUAUCGUGUAACGUUACACGAGUGGAAUCGUAAACGUGGGAAACCACAACAUUCACAUACAACAUUGCCAGACUAAUAGCUGGCUUUACGCAUUGAAGGACUAACCUCCGAAAUGCAACUAACAUCAUAACUUAACAAGUCGUUCUCAGCUUGACCUUGUAGCUCAGACGGUAGAGCAUCGUUCUGGAAAUACGAAGGUCGCGGGUUCGAAUCCCAGCCGCGGUCAAGUAGAAUUUUCUGCUUGCCCGGUUUGGUAUACACUCGUCUGAAAACAACUCAAAAAACCAUUACAUAUAUAUAUAUAUAUAUAUAUAUAUAUAUAUAUAUAUAUAUAUAUAUAUAUAUAUAUAUAUAUAUAUAUAUAUAUAUAUAUAUAUACAGCUAAUUCAAUAAAGGUUGUCCUUUGCAAACCUUAAACUUUAAAACCUUAAACCUUAAACUCUAAGCGCGCAAAGCAUGAUGGGAGCACUGAUUUCAAGCUUAGUAGUUGAUUAUUGCGGCUGUUUGUCAGUGAAAUGUUUUUGCAGGGAGAUAUUUACCAUGUCUCCAAGAAAUGGUCUCCAUAUAUGCUUUCUAAACUGCUUAAAUCGUGCUCCCAUAAGACUUUGCGCGCUUAGAGUUUAAGGUUAAAGGUUUUAGAGUAUAAGGUUUCUAGGGACAACCUUUAUUGAAUUAGCUGUGUGUAUAUAUAUAUAUAUAUAUAUAUAUAUAUAUAUAUAUAUAUAUAUAUAUAUAUAUAUAUAUAUAUAUAUAUAUAUAUAUAUAUAUAUAUAUAUAUAUAUAUAUAUAUAAUUUCGCUUACCUCAAAAUUCCGCAACAGUCUGUUUCAUCAGUAAAGAAUCAUCAGGCGGUAUGACAAGUUUCGAAAAUAGGACUGCUUAUAUGUGUUUUGGCCGGAAUGUGGGGGUGUGUGGGUGAAACAAAGCAUGCAUUCAUCUAUUGUUUGCGUUGUUUACGCGGAAAUGCCUCCAUCUCAUACGUUUUAUUACACUUUCCACUUUUUCAAUCAAAUUCUUCAAAUAAGCGUCCUGCGAUGGUAUAGGAAUAUUCUUUAACGAAUAGUCAAAUCGAAAUUGUCGCAUUAUGAAUUUAGUAAGAAAUGAGAAACGUAAACUAGAGUGCACGCAAACAAUAGAUGAAUGCAUGCUUUGUUUCACCCACACACACCCACAUUCCGGCCAAAACACAUAUAAGCAGUCCUAUUUUCGAAACUUGUCAUACCGCCUGAUGAUUCUUUACUGAUGAAACAGACUGUUGCGGAAUUUUGAGGUAAGCGAAAUUCUACAUUUGCUCUAUCUUUAUGAUAUUGAGCACUCUUUGCGUUUCGUAUACACAAACCUACUCGUAUAUAUAUAUAUAUAUAGCUUAAGGUUUUGGUUUACAAAACACAAACAGUGCUCAAUACCAUACAGAUAGAGCGUAAUAUAGUUUUUCGUUUUACCUUUACCUCAAAAAACCACAACAGUCUGUUUCAUCCGUAUAGGAAUCAUCAGGAUGAAACAGACUGUUGUGGUUUUUUGAGGUAAAACGAAAAACUAUAUAUAUAUAUAUAUAUAUAUAUAUAUAUAUAUAUAUAUAUAUAUAUAUAUAUAUAUAUAUAUAUAUAUAUAUAUAUAUAUAUACAUAUAUAAUUAUCUAUAUCAUCUAUAUUAUCUAUAUCAUUAUCUAAAUUAUCUAUAUCAUUAUCUAUAUCAUUAUCUAUAUCAAUAUAUUCAUUGAAUUGGUUAUCAUUAUUGAGCUACGAACAUUUGUUUACAAACGAAGUUUAACAUUGAAAUGUACUUGUGAACUUCGUGGUGACGUUCACAGCCAAUUCUCAAACUUGAAAUUGGCAAGUUUGAAACGAACUUGGGGCUGGCGCGUUGAAGAGUGACUUGAAUGGACUGGUCUUCAUGUAAUAUUUCAAAUUCGAUUAUGACGGCUGGACUAGAUUUCAAGUCCGCGCAAUUUGAUCAAGUCUAAGGCGAAGCCGAGGACUGGAUUGAUUGAUUGUGAUUGUGAUUGAUUGUGAACUUUAUUUACCCACGGUAGACUUAUCAGGAUUUUACAUAAAAAAUGAUAAGAGAAUACAAUAUAGUUACAGAUGACAGAAUAUAAAAGUUAAUUAAGAUACUAAUUAUGUAUACAUACUAUACUAAUACUAAUUAUGUAUACAUACUAUACUAAUACUAAUUAUAUAUUACAAAAAUACCUGUUUUCCAUAAGUGCCGUGCUAAUAUAUUAAUAUAAAAAUCUAAAAUUAUUGACUAAUGUAUAAAGUUGCUGCAGUCUGACUUGAAUUUACGUAAUGAGUUAGACUGUCUCAACUCAACCGGAAGGGAGUUCCACAGCACAGAACCACUAUAGCUAAAACUAUUUUUCAGGUAAUUUGUGCGCGGUUGAGCUAAAGCUAAUUUUCUACUGGCGUCUCUCAAUGUAUAAUUUGUUACGCUACUUCGAUCAACAAACAUUUCAGACAGGUAGUCUGGCACAAAACCAUUAAGAGAUUUAUAGACCAUUAUAGCUUUGGCAAUUUUUCGCUGAGAUUCAAGGUUUUUCCAGCUCAAUUUUUCAAUUAGAUAUUCAGCAUUUGUAUCAUAACUAGAUGAAGUAAGUACUCUAGCGGCUCGAUUUUGGAGUUUUUGCAGUUUAUUCGCAAGAGUACUGCCGCAACUAUCCCAGACAACGCAACAGUAAUCGAAAUAGGGUUGAACUAAGCAAUUGUAAAUAAGUUGCAUUGUGGAAGGUGAGACGAAUGGCCUUGAAGGUGAGACGAAUGCGAGGACUUGAAGUAUAGUCCAGUCGUCAUAGUUGGAUUUGAAAUGACAUCUCGUACGAAUAAAUCACUGCUUGAAGUUGAGGUGAAUUAAUUUUGAUCCAGUCCAAGGACUUAAUCAAUUUUGAUCCAGUCUUAGGACUGGAUCAAUAUUCUUCAUCAGGUAUGCAGUAUUAUCAUGUGAGCAAAAUAAAGCAAUAUACGGUUGACUAAUUUACUCAUGAACUAUUAAUGAGUUUGAGAUGUACACUUAACUGUACAUUCGGAAAAGGACCUCAUUAAAACUUCCAUGGCCCAGUAUUUGUAAUGAGUUUGGCAAUAACAACGGCAUCGUCAAUGAAGACGUGAUCACCAACAUUAGAUUUUUUCUCUGAAUUACAAAGACAACUAUAAAUUGUAUUCCCUUGAGCAUUCUAGUCAUAGAUUCUACAGGGUGUUCCAAAAAAUAGCCCCUCUGUUGUUGGUUAAUAUAUUGUCAUUUCCCUUUAAGAGGCAAAUAAAGUUCAGUAAUGUAUGCAUUUAUAGCUCGCAUACAAAAAUGCAACUAGUAAUUUUGUUUCCUGCCGUUUUCGGAUGCCAAACUCUCUUGUAUAUUACAUUGUUAUAUAGUUAGUGACAAAGUUCAAUUUUUCUGUUUGCCGAUUGGUUAAAACCGUAUCACGUGCCGGUCCACAAAACGUCAUGUUCGGCAACCGGUCCGCAAUGAAACAUUUAUUGACCGGUCAAUUAUAAUAAAAUGGGUGCAAUACGCAUGCGUGUCAACCAUGAAGUUCCAAAGUUCAUUUUUUUUUUACGGCGUUCCAUUUACCAGUUUUGGUUUCAAAUUAAGUUCACUCCAAUAACCGGUGAAUUAUUCGCAUUUUGACACUUAUAUACUAUAUAACAAAACACUUAUUUACUGAGACCUCGGGAAAGCAGUGUGUUUUGUGGCCCUUCGACCGCCGUUGUUACCCUCGGCUUCGCCUCGGGCAACAACGGCGGUCUUGGGUCCACAAAACACACUGUUUCCCUCGGUCUCACUAAAUAAGUGAUAAUUAUCUGAUACAACACGGCCGCUUAUGUGCUGUCUGUAUAUAUUACAUGUUAGAUACAUUCUCCGAGCUCAUCCCUCAGGAACCAAUUGGUAUCAUUCUCACGUGGGAAUACAGAGAGAUGAAGGCAUUUUUGGUGCUUUGAUCGUAAAAGAGGAACAAAGAGUGGUCAGCUUGUUGUCCUCGAGAAUGGGAAAUAAUUCUAUCCAAGAUAAUCGAUAUCAUAUGAUAGCUAUCACAGAACACAUGAAACAACAAGUUCAGAACCCACAGUGUUCACCUGAUGGGACCAGCACAGCUACUGACCUUAAAAUCUAUUCAUUUCAAGUGAACGGAAUAAAACUGAAUCAAACAAUAGACAAAGACGGCGGUUCUCCACAGGUAACUUUUACAAUUUGAGUUUUUCAACAAUAGUUAUGCAAACCGAAAAAUGAUGUGUUUAAGAGCGAGGCCGAGGGGCAAAUCACUCCUAAAAAGUGUAAGAGACCAUAGAACCAUACGAUCAUUUUUGUGAUUUUUCAAUUUUUUUGUGAUUUCUUAGUGAAUUUUAUUUCAUUUUUUCUGGUUUUAUGUGGUAGUUUUUUAUUUUUGUGAUUUGUUUUGUAAGUUUUGUAAUUUUUCUGAAGGUUUACGUGAUUGAAAUCAGUGAUUUGUCCUUCGCUUGAGAGGUCAAUAACCACAGAACACAUAAGAUCCACUAGAUGGGUCGUUUUUUGCACUCGUAAAAAAAACCCAAUUAAUCUCGUUAUAACCUCAAUUCGUCACAUGACACCGGUACGGAAGGAAAAAAUUAGGGGGCAGAAAGAAAAACAAAAUUUCUGUGUAAACUUUCCAAUAUUCUUGUCGACAGUGGAGGUGGGAGGAGGGGAGGGGGGGGGGUUGGAAAAUAUUUCGAAAGGGUUGACUUUUUUCGAAACCAAUCAUAUAUUUCUUGCAUUUUCGACUCAUUAUCGUAUUUCUUCCAUCUUUUUGCUCGUUUGUAAUUUGCCCAACUUCAUUUCCCUCAACCUGUAUGCAAAGCUUAAUCAUUGUUGAUGAAUCUUACAAUAGAAAUUACAAUUUUCAGGAACCAUCCUUCGUUGUAUCUCCUGGAGAGUAUCAUCGUUUUCGAGUUGUUGGAGCCAUGGAAGAAACCGUUCUUCGUGUUUCUAUCGACGAUCAUAAAUUGUUUGUGGUUGCUACGGACGGAUAUCUUACAGAACCAUUUGAAGCUGACAUUGUGCAUCUUCAUGCGGGCGAGCGUUACGACUUUAUUUUGAAGGCACGUGACGAUGUUCCUUUGGGAACUGUUUUUCCAAUUAGAAUAGAAUCUGUCGACGUGUAUUGCAAAUACCACGGCCAACCUGCACGCGUUGGCUUCGCAUAUCUGAAAUACUCAACAUCAGGAACAGUCACGACGGGAAGGGUACCACAAGAUUCAAAGCGGUGUAUUAAAGAUUGUAUAGCAUUGAAUUGUCCUUUCGCUGCUUAUCCGGUAGCUCAUAAAAAUAUUUCAAAUGCUCCAUCUUAUAAAUGCAACGACGUGUAUGAUGCUCUUAGUCUUCUCGAUCCAACUCCGGACAACGAGCUUUCUGAGGAUACAAUGCCAGCGAGCACGAAGUUUUUCAACCAUGCUAUCAACUUUACUAAUAAUGUAUUUACAGCAAUGGUUAAUAACAUUCGGUUUGCGUCCCCCAAUACUCCCUUUCCCGUGAGUGGACAAAAUCCUGUACAAGAUGAAUGUCCUUAUCAGACGACUACGGACUGUAAAAAAUGCCCACAUACAGUUUCUGUGCUUAAAGAACACCUGUCGAAACCGAUAGAAUUCGUGCUCUCCUCACUUCCGCGAGACAAUAUACCUCAACAACAACUGAUCACAAAGCUCGGAACACACCCCAUUCAUCUGCACGGUCGAUCAUUUUGGGUGAAAGAAAUUGGCUAUCCAGAAUAUUCUGAUGAAGGAAUUAUUCAGAAUGUGAACGCUGAUGUGGAUGUGCCAGCGUGUGGUUUUGGAAAGUGGAGGAACGGAAGACCAUCUUCAAUCAAACCAGUGAACAAUACAUCAAUCCGGAAAGACACAAUUAUCGUCCCAGCUGGUGGCUAUGUCGUCAUUGAGUUCGUGGCACAUAAUCCAGGAUCGUGGUUAAUGCAUUGCCAUAUUGACCAUCAUCUGCAAGUGGGGAUGGGAAUUGUCAUAAAGGAAUUGCCGGAAUGUGCGAAUCCUCCUCCACCGCAAUUUAUGAAACCAGCUAAGGACGUUUGCAUCGGCGUUGACGACUUUCUUGAAAGAGAGAGCACUCAUGUCUGUGCAGCGAACAACGCGAUAGCAGCUGACGAAGAACUACCGAGCGAAUUGGAAAAAGACGAAUUUGAAGAUUUCAACAGCUCUAACCACGACGAUAACGAUGAAUCUGCAUACCGCCAACUGAAGAAAUCGCUGGAUUACGAAGAACAACAACAGCACCCAAGAGCCAAUUUACGUGGAUUUCAAAACGGCAACGGAGAGAGCCGAGAAUGGUUCAAGAAAAAAUGAACAAAAGCUCUCGCAAUUUGAAAGUUGAGUUCUUUUAAAGUAAGAUUGCUUAUAUACCAUGCUUGCAAUAAGUUUCAGCUGUGAAUUGCUAACAUUUAGAUCACCCAAAGGACUAAAAAAAACUCAUCAAAUUGUUAUAAUAUUUUGACAUUUUAGCCUAGAACUUUUAUCUUAAAUUUGCUGCACGUUUAUGUAAUUUACUGCAUGUUUAUGUACCAGUAUAAUGUAGAUUUCUGCACUUUUUGUAGUAAGUAC